AUGGAUUUCCCGGGAAAUGACAUAACAUUUCUCUACUCCCCUGAUGUUAACCACUGUCAGCUCCUGUGCACCCAGCACCCCUCUUGCCUCUUCUUUACCUUUAUUCGUGCUGAUUGGACCCAUGAUGACAGGCACUUCUACUGCUACCUAAAGUCCACUCCCUCAGGAGAGCCCAGUGUUCAGACUCCAGUACAGGGUGUCACUUCUGGUUUUUCUCUAAAAUCCUGCAGCCCAGGCCCACAACCUUGCCUGUCUGAGCUGUACCAAAACAUGGACUUUAUCGGGGGAGACUACAGGUCCGUGUUCACAGGUGACCACAAGGAGUGCCAGCGAGUGUGCACUCAGGACCCUGCGUGUCAGUUCUUCACUUUUGUAAAACAGAAUUUCUUAAAUAGUAAAGUCAGGUAUAAGUGUCACCUAAAAUUCAGUUGGACUGUACCAAGGACUCCUGUUAUUGAAAGAAAAGCUGGUGUAACAUCUGGAUUCUCCCAAAAAACAAACCAAACUCAGCACUUUGACAAAGUAUGUCAGAGAAAGCUUUUUCCAAACACUGACAUCCCAGGAAGUGACAUUGAGUCUCUGCCUGCUGCCUCUCCUGAACACUGUCAGACUCUGUGCUCAACUCAUCCGCGCUGCACCUACUUCACUUAUAGCAGGCAGUACUGGGCUAGAGUGGCUUAUGAAGGAGUAGAUUUCAAAGGUUCUGACAUUCGCGAUGAGCUGAUGGAUGAUGCAGACACAUGCCAGAAGACAUGCACUGAGGACCCUCACUGCCAGUUCUACACCUACGCUGAUGAAACCUUCUUUGAUCGCAGUUAUCGGCGUCGCUGCAACCUGAAGCGUGUCAUCACCAUCCCUGCUCCUCCCAAAGUCAUCAAAGUCACCAAUGUUGUGUCGGGUUUCUCCCUUAAAAACUGCCCAUAG